AUGGUAAGUAUUCAGAAGGUUAUCGGGCCUGCCCCUCUUGGCGUGGAUCUCUCUGCGGAUAGAACCAAGACAGAUAACGCGGUGGUGAUCAGCUUGUCUGGGCUUGCGGUCAUCGCAGUUAUGAUCAGAUUUUACGUGAGGUUGAAAGGGGGGAAGCCGGAUCUCCGGAAGCUACAUCUUGAUGAUUGCUUGGUUGCAGUCGCACUUAUCCCUCUGAUUGCGCUGCUAGCUAUUGCGCUUUUAGGAGGACACUAUGGAAUGGGGAAACACAUUUGGUUGACAACAGUCGAGGAUAUGAUGAUAAUGAAGAAGAUCCUAUUUUCGUACCUAUUUAUCUACAUCUUCGAGCUUUUCAUCGUCAAGAUAUCAUUGCUUAUGUUCUACCGUCGCAUCUUUGGUUCAAGCGGCAGCUAUUGGAUCUGCAUAAUCUUAGCUUCAGGUUGGACUACGGGAAGCAUGAUCGCUCUUCUGACAUGCCCAUCGCCUGUGUCAUAUUUUUGGAGCGAAAUCUCGAACCCUGGUGGUGGACACUAUAGAUACGACUUUUACAACUAUUACAUCGGCAACGCAGCAUCGAAUGUUGUUACGGACUUUCUUAUUUUGCUGGUCCCGAUUCCCGUUAUAUGGCGGCUCAGAAUGCGCUUUACACAGAAAAUUAUGGUGUCUGGAGUUCUUCUGUUGGGUAUCUUCGUCUGCGCAAUUAGCAUUGUCAGAUUACACUACAUUACCUUCCUGAAAAACAACAUCGAUCUCACAUGGACCAUCUCCAGCGUCUACGUCUGGUCAACACUGGAACCCUGUAUAGCUAUCAUCUGCGCCUGCCUCCCCGCCCUACAACCCGUCAUUCAAUCAGCGAUGAAACUCGAAUACAUAAUCCACAUCCGCACCAGCCUCCACCCUAGCAAACGAGCUAGAGAAGUUGGCCGGUUACAAAAGCACUUCAGCAAUAGCAGUAACAGUAGCAGUCAUGGGCUACGGCCUAUGGACCCCUCGAUAUUCAGGCCUGGAUCCGUUGAACCUAGUGCUGAGAUCGAGACUCAUUGUGCUCCUGUGAACACUGCAUCACCAAAACAUUCUCCAAAAGUGAAGAAAACCCUGGAAGAAUACUUGGGUCCGAUGUAUAUCAUGGUGCAACAUGAUGUUGAAUGGUCGGAAACUCACGUGCAUAUUGUGGGAUAA